UCUACGCUAUCCCGCUAUUCUCUAUUCUCAUUCAUUGGCUGUAGAUCUAGGUAACAACACCAACAUUCGUUGCAUUGCACCUGAUUGAUACACGUCUUUAGUACUGUAAAAACCUUUACACAUUCAGCAGAAGAUUCAGCAAAAUGGAAAGUCAGAAAAUUGGUAUUGUCGGAAGUGGAUUAAUUGGACGGAGCUGGGCUAUGAUCUUUGCCAGUGCUGGGUACAGUGUCACAAUCUUUGAUAUAGAACCCUCUCAGGUGAGCAAUGCUCUGAAAUUGAUCAAGUCACAGCUGGAGGAGCUGUCCGAGUCUGGUAUGCUACGAGGAACGUUGUCUGUCGAGGCUCAGUUUGCUCUCAUCAAAGGCAGUAACAGCAUGGAAGAAGCUCUCGCUGGAGCUUCAUUUGUCCAGGAAUGUGUGUUUGAGAAACUUGAGGUGAAGCAGAAGGUGUUCAGUGAGAUGGAGCAGUAUGUCGGUGACGACGCCAUCUUGAGUAGUUCUUCAUCAUGCAUCAUGCCGUCCCAGUUCACGGAGAACCUUAAACGUCGCAACCAGUGCCUCAUCUCUCAUCCUAUUAACCCACCAUACUAUGCACCCCUGGUAGAAAUCAUUCCUGCACCUUGGACUGACCAGUCUGCGAUUGACAGGACUCGUACCAUCAUGGAGAGCAUUGGGCAGGUACCGGUCACUCUGAAGAAAGAAGUUCCAGGAUUCGCUGUCAACAGGAUCCAGUAUGCUAUCAUUGCUGAAGUGUGGAGGCUUGUUGAGGGAGGUGUACUCUCAGCUGAUGAUGUGGACAAAGUGAUGUCAGCAGGACUAGGCCUAAGAUAUGCCUUCCUAGGACCUUUAGAAGUCAUGCAUCUCAAUGCAGAGGGCAUGCAGAGUUACAUGGAGCGAUACACCCAGAGCAUUCAGCACGUUCUCGGUAACUUCGGUCCUACGCCAACGUUCACAGGGAGCGGCCUUGAGCGGAUCAUCAAGGAGAUGGAUGCAAAGAUCCCUCUGGACAAGCUGGAAGAGCGCCGCCAGUGGCGAGAUACAAGACUUGCCGCCCUUGCCAAGCUUAAGAGGGAUUUAGAGAGAGAAGGAAAAUGAGCCAAGUAAUGCCAGAACAACACCAAAGUCCAAAUCAACUACUAAUUCCAGUCAGGGAAAUUUUGUGCAUGGUGUGAUGCUUUGAUGAUGAUGUGUGAUUGAAGACAUGGAAUGAUCACUUAUGUGUGUGAAAGACUGAGCAUCUUUUUAGCCGGAUUUGCAUUUUUGAAACUAUGAUUAGUAGCAAUAAUUUGUAAUAUUAAAGAAUGAUUUAUCAGGUACGCUUUUAUAGAUCAGUAUUAAUAGGGACUGUUAGAUUUAAAGGAACUGGCAAUUCCUUAAAUGGACAUCACAGUGCCUUAAAAGGACGUCACACGUAGCAAUCCACUAUGUCGACGUGCAAAUCUAAAAGUCCCUAAUGAGAGUCGUGUGAAACCGUUCAGGUAAUAGGACUGACAAAUACCUUAUUUCAUGUAAGUAAAUACAACUCACUGGAUGUCUUGAUUGUAAGUGCUUUAUUAUUAUGUAAAUUUGGAACAAACCACCAAACAUCACUGCCCUUGAUAGCCAUGGUAUGGAGAAUGAUAAGACGUCGGCUACCCGCAAAAGGAUCGUAAAUCCUAUUGACAAUACUUGACCAUGACGGCCUUUUUGCGGGCAUCUGACUUAAUUAGUGCCCUUCUAAAUUCUGUGUCACAAUGGGAAAAAAGGGUAAUAAAAAUGUUUGAUGAAGUUACCUUUUAAGUAUCAAGGUAAUACAAAUACUAUGCAUUGUCACAAGGAUUGGACCCAUGCUUGUAUAAUGUUUGGGCUUUGUAAUUCAAUAAUAUUAAGAAUAAUAUGGACUUUUAUAAAGACCAGCUUCUAUAUGAAUAAAGUAAUAUAUUCUACUGCGCUUAAUACAGUAUCAUAUUAUUACCUCUAUGGCACCUGUUUAUUAAAAUCUUAGAAUAAUUUGUAUAGUCAUUUAUUUAAAUUUAUAAAUGGGAGAUUUUACAGAAAAUUUAAUUUUCUGUAUAUAUGUAUUUGUAAUUUGUCCGAAUGUUUGAGCCAGUAAAUUUCUGAGUUUGAAAACUCAAGAAUAAAAGACAACUUGGUACAAUGAUAAA